UCCAUGGAAGGUUCACUUUUGUAGAUCUAAGACAAGCUAAAGCUUACAGAUGAACAUGGCGAAGAACAUUUCUUCAAUUGCUGAGUGGAAAAAUAUACAGCCAUAGACGUAACUAAUGAGUCACCAUACAAAGCUUUCUUCUUUAAUCUUCCUUUCCGUUGUUUUCCUCUUCCUUUUCUCCACGUUCCUCCCUCUUUACACCACCAACCGGUUCACUAAAAAGUUCCUUCUUUCACCCUCUUCUGCUUGUAACUUCUCCAAUGGCAAUUGGGUCUUGGACUCCACUAAACCCGACCCUUUCUACGACGAUACCUGCCCAUUUCACAGGAACGCCUGGAAUUGUCUUAAGAACAAGAGGGACAACAUGGGUCUCAUCAAUUCCUGGAAAUGGAUACCCAGAGAUUGCAAGCUGGAGAGGAUCGAUCCAUGGAGAUUCCUGGGCUUGACGCGGAAUAAGAAUGUUGGGUUCGUUGGGGAUUCAUUGAAUGAAAACUUUCUGGUGUCGUUUUUGUGCAUUCUUAGAGUGGCUGAUGAUGGCGCUAAGAAAUGGAAGAAGAAAGGUGCUUGGAGAGGGGCUUAUUUCCCCAAGUUUAAUGUCACUGUGGCUUAUCAUAGGGCUGUUCUGCUUGCCAGAUACAAGUGGAUUCAGAAACAAUCUACGGAUUCCAAUCAAGAUGGAGUAAAAGGAAUAUACCGAGUGGAUGUUGAUAUUCCUGCAGAUGAAUGGAUCGGCAUCACUGACUUCUAUGAUGUUCUUGUUUUCAACACCGGCCAUUGGUGGGGCUAUGAUAAAUUCCCAAAUGAGACGCCUCUUGUCUUUUAUCGGCAUGGGGAACCAAUACGUCCUCCGCUGGGAUUAUCAGAUGGCUUUCAAGUCGUUCUGGAAAAUAUGGUCCACUACAUUCAAAAGGAAGUUCCUAAGAAUACCCUCAAAUUCUGGCGUUUGCAGUCACCGAGACAUUUUUAUGGUGGUGAGUGGAAUCAAAAUGGAAGUUGCUUGUUUGACAAACCCCUUGAAGAAAACCAGCUUGACUUGUGGUUUGAUCCCAGCAACAAUGGAGUGAAUAAAGAGGCAAGGAGACUUAACCAUCUCAUUAAAGAGGCAUUGCGAGGAACAGAUAUUCCAUUGCUUGAUCUGACUCAUUUGAGCGAGUUCAGAGCCGACGCACAUCCGGCAAUUUGGUUAGGGAAGAAGGAUGCCGUGUCGAUUUGGGGCCAAGACUGCAUGCAUUGGUGCGUACCUGGUGUCCCAGACGCAUGGGUCGAUAUACUGGUUCAGCUAAUCUGUAUUAGCUUGGGAUAGGAUGACGAAAGCUGCACAAAACCUUAUCAAGUUGUCCAGUAUUCACCUCGCACAAAGUCAAGCAGCGCCCUUUACUUGAACCGAUUAUGCGGAUAUACAGAAUAUGUGUGAAUUGCCACAAGCCUCCAGUGCCCUCCAACUUCUCUUCCUGUGGAUGUUCUCUAUUGUUUUUCUUCGAGUUUUGGGGGUGGAAUGGCUGUUUUAAUACUAUAUAUAUUUGUCAAUUAUAGCUGCGGAACGACGACAACUGAUGUCUAGUACGUUCAAGGGUACUGGCGGAGUUGAAGAAAAGAGUGGCUAACAGAUGA